GAAAAUGAGCAUGGAAGGCGGUGUGUAGGGUGGUAAUUUUCAAUAACAAAAACUAUAUUUUUCUAUAUCACCUUUCGUGAAUAAAAACAGAAAUUUUGUUCGCCGUAAUUAAUGUGCGUUCGAUUUUCUUCUUUAUUUUAUUAACAUGCUGUUAUUUAACGAUAAAUCUCCCGAAUCGUUUUCCAAUUCCUAGUCGUCCAUUGCAGUCUUCUAAGUCCAAAGAAACGUAACUUACGAAAUUAUCUAAUCAUAUUUAAUUAAAAAAAAUAUAUUAAUAUAUCUAAUUGUUAAUAAAUAUAUAUCACUCGUUACUUCUAACAAACAAAACGUUUAUUUAUAUCUUAACGAAGUUAAUAAAAUUAUAGUUUAAUUACGUGUCAAGUAGAAUAUAAUUAUCUUGUUAAGGACAUAAAAAGGAAAUUGAAAAGUAACAUUAAGUCUCGAGUAGAUUAUUCAGUGGAAUCUUGUACCGUAGAAAUGAAUGAAAAAGUGAGCGCCGUUCAACUGUUUUCUUAGUAAAAUAAUAGAACGACCUUACUUACGUUGACGGCGGGUCAACGCCCACCAGACUACUCUACGUUAGUAUUAUUAGAGGGACUCUGUCUUAAGACGAUCGUGAUGUAAGUUUGGGCGCACGUGUCAUUGUUUUCGUUUAUAUACAAACGCGGUUGUGAUUGUGACUUCCAUCCAUAUUUAUUCGUUACAAUUAUCAUUGUUGUUUCAAGUAAAAAUUUAUCUUAUAAGCAUUCUCUUUCCUAUGAUUCGAUAGUUUAAAUAAAGUAGUUUACCGAAUGAGUUCAUGUUAUGGAGGUAACUUGAAUAAGAACUAGGCAAAAUGGGAGAGGAAAAUCCGAGGAGGUCGAGUCAAGUUUUUGAUCCGUUAUCUCGACUAGGGGAACUAACAAGGCUAUCGCAUUCGACCCCCUCGUCACCCAGACUCUUACCUCGUAGAUUACGCGACGCGAGUUCGGUGUUACCGCCAUCUUUGGCGGCGUUCGAAGUCGUAGACGCGAGUGGUCACGGAAGUUGUAGCAGUAACAAUGGAAGUGUCAAUUGGCAGGAGAGAUGUCUGGAACUCCAAUUGGAGUUGCACAGGAGUAGAACGCAGGCUACGCGAACAAGAGAUAUGCUUCGAGAUAAGCUUUCCGAGUUGGAACAAAGGGUUUUGGAAGCGGAAGGUCGAGCAGAAGAGGCGGAAGACAAAGUACGAAUAAUGGAACAGAAGCUGGCGUGGUCUGUGCAGAGUGACGCCAACAGCGCCCAGAUCAACCGGCUAGAAGGAGAAGUUGAAGAACAAAGACAGCUGAGGUUACACGACGCUAAACAAGUCGAAGCUAAAGCUGCUCGAAUCAAAGAGUGGGUAACAAAUAAACUGAAAGAAUUAGAAAUACAGAACCAAACCCUGAGGGAACAAAACAUCAAAUGCAAUCAACAGUUGGAAUUGCUACGAAAUCAUCUUGCCUUAACCGAAAGGAGAAGAUCAGAAAGUAGUUCGCCGGAAGGAAGACAAUUUCCUCCGACGACAAGCAGUUCGCUAACUCAAAAACAUCGAAGACAUCAAUCGGUGUGUCUUUCAACUAACACCAAUUUCGAACCUGUGAUACCUAGUACUCUUGUAACUUCCGUCAACUUCGGUACUAGUACUUCCAGUAUGGAUCCUUUUACCGACGAAUUACGAGCAGCUGUAGAUAAUCUUAGUAUAGGAAGAAUACCUAGUAGUAGUGCCAGUGAUCCCGACAUAGCACACGACUAUGCUGAAAUUUAUACGCCUAGCAGAGAAAAAGUUACGUGGCCUAGAGCACCGACACCGCCUCUUCAUAGGUUUCCAAGUUGGGAGGACCGAAUAUAUCAGGUAGCUGCCGACGGUCUAACAUUAACUGAUACCACACCAAGUGAUUUAGGGCCUGAACAAGCCGGUUACCAAGAUAUACCAGUACCUGUUUAUGCUACAGUUAAGGGAAGAGCUAGUCAAAUUAGAUCUAUGCCAUUUACAGGUGAUUCGUCUGACGAUUCCAGUGAUGGUGAAGGGAAUAACACGACGGCUGUCGAUGGUACUAAUACACAUAGUCGAAGCUCGGGGGAUACAUCAGGAUCUAGUCCAGGAAAAAGAACGGCUUCCAGUAGCAGCGGUUCACCAAGCAAAAGUAAAACUAGAGGUGUUUCAGAUACUUCCUUCGAAUCGGGAAUGUCAGAUGAUUAUGCAGUUCCACCGGAUGCUCUAAGCUGUGAUACUACCAGCUUAGAAUCCUCGAUGCUUCUUAGAGCUUCUACAUAUCUAGAUAGUCCAAAGAGAAUAGAAAGUUUAGAAAAAUGUGGAUCUCUAGCGAAAUUAGGAGGUAAAUUGAAGACGUGGAGAAAAAAAUGGUUCGUACUGAAGAACGGCGUACUAACUUAUUAUAAAAGUCAGAAUGAUAUUAAUAGAAAACCUCAAGGUCAAAUAAUUUUAGAUGAAAUUUGUAAAAUAACGCGUGCUGAAGGAUCUAAUACAUUCGAAAUUGAUACGGGGAAAAAGACUUAUUAUUUAACAGCUGAUUCCUUAACUGCGAUGGAAGAUUGGGUUAGAAUUUUACAAAAUGUUCAACGAAGAAAUGCAACAAAAUUAUUAUUAAGCAGAGAUGAAAAUAAACCUAUAUUACAAGGUGUCCUCAAGAAAGUGAAAAACGGCAUUCCUCGAGAAUGUUGGUGUGUUUUAAUUGGAAAAAUGUUUUUGUAUUUUAAGAAAUCAACAGAUCCAACACCACAUGGCCAAAUAAAUAUGAGAGAUGCCAAAGUUGAAGAAAUAGAACAUUUAUCUGAUUCCGAUUCAGAAGAACAGGAUUCAGAUCAACCUAAAUUCACAGUAGGAAUAUUUCCUAAUAAUCAAGCUCCUACAUAUCUACAUUUUACUGGUAAACAGGAAAAAGAUGCGUGGUUGUAUCACUUAACAGUUGCAAGCGGAGGUGGACCGAGCACAGGCACUCAAUACGAACAACUCGUACACAAAUUGAUGGAGGUUGAUGGUGAUCCAAAUUGUGUCUUAUGGAGACAUCCUUUAUUACUACACGUGCCUUGUACCAAAGAUGGAGCCGUUCCAUCUUAUUUUCCACUAACAAGUUUACCGACCGAAGCCCUUCAAGCUGAGGCUAUAAAAUUGUUCAAAUGCCUGCAGUUGUUCAUGUCGGCAGCCGUAGAUCAAGCUGGUAUAGACUACCAUGUAGUACUUGCUCAAAAUGCAUUACAACAAUGCUUAGAUAUGCCAGAAUUACAAUCCGAAUUGAUUUGCGCUUUGGUAAAACAGACCAGUAAGAGUGCGCCUUUACCUAAACUAGGAGUCCAGGUAUCCACUCAAAAAUUGUUAAAAAAGAGCCAACUGCUGCUUUGCGCAACGCAAAGCCUAUUUACCUGCGAAACGAACACUCCGAGCAUAAAUAGCACCAUCUCUGAUCAACAAAUCGCCUUGUCAAAUCUACAGGCAUCGCAAGAAGAAAAAUAUAAGGAACAUAAAGAUUGUUACAAAGAACAUAAAGAUCCCAAAGGACCACCUAUUUAUACACUCCUGCAAGGUUGGCAACUUUUAGCGCUAGCAGUAAGUUUAUUCGUACCGAAGAAUUCCAUGUUAUUGUGGUUUUUGAAAUUACAUCUACAAAGGAAUGCUGAAAAUAGAACCGAAUGCGGAAAAUAUGCGGCGUAUUGCGAACGAGCGCUCGAAAGAACCAUUAUGGCAGGUGGUCGCGAAUUGAAACCAUCAAGAAUGGAAGUACUCAGUAUACUUUUGAAGAAUCCUCAACAUCAUUCGUUGCCUCAUUCGAUGCCCGUUCAUCUGGCCAACGGAACGUAUCGCAUUAUAAGUUUUGAUGGUUCAACUUCGAUAAAGGAAUUUCAAGAUUGUUUAGUACAAGACAUCGGUUGUCGCACAAAUAACGGUUUCGCAAUAUUUAGCGACGAUCCGAUCGAAAAAGAUUUGGAACAUACGCUAGAUCCGAAUGCGAAAUUGUGUGACUUAAUAUCGAAAUGGGAGAUUGCUCUGAGAGAAAAAGGACUGGGAAAAUUCGAAAAUAGUAGAGUUAUUACGCUGACUUACAAAAAUAGACUUUGGUGGAAGAACAGCGCCAAAUUAGAAACCGAAAAGGAACGAUUACUUCUUUGUUACCAAACCAAUAAACAGAUUGUAAACGGAAGGUUUCCUGUUACCAGAGAAGCAGCUUUGGAAUUUGCUUCAUUAAUGGCCCAAAUGGAAAUAGGUGAUUGUCCAUUAAUUUCAAACGAAAGUCCUAGUAACACUUUAAGUCAGCAAGGUGCUUCUAAUCAUCAUAGGGGUCCCAAAUCUACAGGAAACGGAACUUUAAGUCCUCCUGGCUCUUUACAACAUUGCAGUUCCAUACAAAACUCAAGUACUUUGAAUACUGCCAACCAAGUAUUAAAUGCCAUUGAUAAGUUUUAUCCGCAGAGAUAUAGGAUUCAACUGAGUCCAGAGGGAUUUGCAGAACUUCAAACCAAAUUAAUAGCGAAAUGGAUAGCUUUGAAAGGAAAAACUCAAGGGGAUUGUGUUAGAGCGUAUCUUAAUUCGACAAGAAAAUGGCCAUUUUUUGGAGCUACUCUAUUCCAGGCGAGGUUACGUCAACCAGAUUCACCUAUGAGUUGGUUGGCGGUAAACGAAGAUGCAGUAACGGUCCUAGAUCUGGCAACGAUGCAACAACGUGUCAAAUACCCUUAUACGAACGUUCUUACUUUCGGCGGUUGUCAAGAAGAUUUCAUGUUGGUUGUUACACAAAACGAUCAACAACCUUCGCAAAAAUUAAUAUUUUCAUUAAGUAAACCGAAAAUAUUAGAAUUGACUUUAUUAAUAGCGGAUUAUAUGAAUUUAUUGAUCAACAACCCCGGUACUCCGCUGUUAGGAACGCUCAGUAGAGGUACGAUGGUAUCAGUUAAUCAAUCGAUCAUUAGUCAAACAAUAGCGAAUCAAAGUCAACCGGAUAUUUUGAAAUCGACUCCCGAUCACGGCGUUCAAAGAUCGGAUUCCAAACGUAGGACCCACGUCGAUUCUGGCCUAGCGUAAAAAUAAUUGCAAUUUAAUUUGAAAUGUGAUUUUAAAGUUUCUUUCAUUAUAUUUUGCCAUAAAAGCGUUUGGAUAAUGUAUAUAUAGCGAGAUAUUUAUUAUGAGCGAGUUGUAAAUAAAAAUUUGUUAUUAUUUGUUCGAGUUCGAGGCCAUUUUUAUCUAGCAUCUCAAUGUACAACAUAAAAGUUUGCUAUAUUACUAACUGAAACGUACCUCCAUGUAGGAAAAAAUACUCCCAAUAUUCUUCAAAAUUCUACUUUCAUUAUUUAUAAAUAAAAACAAUUACAGCUUGUUUUCCGUAAAAUAUUAUUUCACUUAAUUACAGCUGAGAUAAUAGAGUAAUUUUUUAUGUUGAGCCAGUGAUAUGCUGCCCUUCUUAAAGAAGGAAAAUGUGUUGAUGUAAAAAGUUGAACUGAAGACAUUGUUUACUACUAUCACUAAACUGACAUUCACAAUUACACUAUUUGGUCCUUCGAACCUCACGAUCCGGCUCGAAAGACCAGACAGUGUAAUUUUGAUUGUCAGUCAUUCGCACUCAGAGAAAAAUUCUGUUUCUGUAAAUUACUCCAACUUAAUAGGUUCUGAUAUUAGUUCAGGAAACUUUCUUAACAAAAUAGAAUUUUGAACUAAAAUUUUAAAUAAGUGGUCGACAAUAUUCUCUUUUUUCAUACCUGAAUUUAUGACUAUUUCCAACAACAUCUUUCUUAUCGGGUAUUGCUUUUAUAGCCAGUUUUGGGCCAUCAAAAUUUCUUCUUCUUCUCUACAUACCCUUCCGAGCGUCAAAGUAUUACUUGUCCUGGUUUCGAUGGUACGAACCGGUUUUAUUAUGUUGCUGAUGCUGGAAUGAUGUCUUCCUAACAAACCAGCAACAUAUCGAAUUGAAUAUCCUUCAUUCAGGAAAGUCGAUGCUCGCCUCCUCCAUUAUCAAAGGUAAACUCUCUGUCUCUGAAGACGAAAAUUUGCUUAUCGAAACGCGCGUUAGACAGUGUAAUCCUGAGUAUUGGUGUGAACAGUAUUUAGUAUAACAGAAUAUGUAGAAAAAUAUGAGUGGUGCUUUAAUUUUGUUCAGAAGUUUAGUUUGUGAUUAACAACUUCUACAAAUUGUAUCUUUUCUAUUAUUUAGUAUCUACAGCUGACGUCAAUUUGUUGUCUAUGUGGAAAAAAUAGAAUUCCAAUCUUAAUUAUGUUUCUAAAAUGCUCAACCCCAUUUCUAAUAAUAAAAAAAUUGAAACUUUGUUUUCUUUUAAUCUUUUUUCCAAUAUUCUUCUCUCCAUGACUACCUCUAUAUAUUUCAGAAUUACUUCGAAAGUUUUGUGAAGGAAGUUUCCAUAUUCGGUGUAUAUAAAUAACAGAAAGAAUGGUUUAUUUUUAUGUAAUAAUUACCAAAAUAUAAUCAGAACCACGUAGUCCAAUGCCAAAGGCACAUAUUGGAUCUAAAUUCUUGUAAAUAGAAUAAUUAAUAAAAUAUACAUUUUAAAAAGAAAUAAA